AUGCUUCCCAUUUCCAAUGACUCAUCACCCAAACAACCCGCAAAUCCAAAACCACAAAACCCAGAAGUUUUAGAACGUAAGAAUUUGUUCAACACACUAAAACUCUACCUCCCUUUCCACCACCGCCGCUUAUGGUUUUUCCUCGCCGUCGUCCUCCUCCAGCUCCUCCUCCUCCUUUCCGCCCCCUCUAUCCCUUUGUCCCAUUCCACCGCCGGCACUCCCAACUCUUCCCCCACCAUACAAAAUCUUACUUCCUGCUCCACCGCGGCAACCUCAAUUAUUACCACUAUUAAUAACAAUAACCCCACAACCUCUGGAAGCUGCCCAUAUGGUAAAGUUUAUAUUUACAACCUCCCGCCACUUUUUAACUCCGAGAUAGUGAAAAAUUGCCAUGAUUUGAACCCAUGGAAUUCACGCUGCGACGCUCUAUCGAACUCGGGGUUCGGCAAAACCGCCACAGGGAUUUCAAAAGUCGUCCCGAAAAAUAUAAGCCCUGCAUGGUUUUGGACCGACCAAUUCUCGACGGAGCUAAUUUACCACAAUCGAAUGCUGAAUUACCAGUGUAGAACCUUGGAAGCAGAAUCUGCUACUGCUUUUUACAUUCCGUUUUACACUGGACUCGCGAUCGAGAAGUAUUUGUUCACCAGCAACUCCACAGCACAAGAACGCGAUCAGUACUGCAACAUGAUGCUGGAUUGGGUGAGUGAUCAGCAGUACUUCAAGAAAUCAAAUGGUUGGGACCAUUUUAUUUCCAUGGGCCGGAUUUCAUGGGAUUUUCGCAGAUCGAAAGAGGAAGAUUGGGGUUCGAGUUGCAUUUACAUGCCCAAAAUGCGUAACAUAACGCGGCUGUUGAUUGAACGGAACCCUUGGGACUACUUCGACGUCGGAAUCCCUUACCCAACCGGAUUCCACCCCAGCUCUACCGUUGACGUCAUCAAUUGGCAAGAAUUCGUCCGAUCACGGCGGCGGAACACCCUCUUUUGCUUCGCCGGCGCAACAAGGGGAAUUAUAAAGAACGAUUUCCGGGGGAUUUUACUGAGUCAAUGCUAUAACGAAUCAGAUUCAUGCCGAGUCGUGGAUUGUGCCGGGUCGAAGUGCGCAAAUGGUUCCUCGGAAAUUCUAUCCACAUUUCUCGACUCGGAUUUUUGCUUGCAGCCAAGAGGGGAUAGUUUCACUCGGCGGUCCAUUUUUGACUGCAUGGUGGCCGGUUCAAUCCCGGUUUUCUUCUGGCACCGGUCGGCUUACGUUCAGUAUGAGUGGUUCCUGCCGACCGAACCGGAAAGUUACUCGGUUUUCAUUGACCGGGAUGAGGUGAAAAAUGGGACCUCAAUAAAGAGUGUUCUUGGAAAAAUUAGCAAAGAAAAAGUGAAAAAAAUGAGAGAAAAAGUAGUUGAAAUUAUACCAAAAGUUGUGUAUGCAAAGCCCAAUGAAGGAUUAAAGGGCAUAAAGGAUGGAUUUGAUGUGGCUGUGGAAGGGGUAUUGAGGAGAAUUAAGGAACAUCAACGAGGGUAUAAAUGGAAAUAA